CCCAAGGGAACUCAGGGCGGCUGUUCCCAGCAGCUGAUGACUCCAGUCACUAAGAAUCACUCCCAAAUACUGGACAACAUGUUAAAUGUUUGCUUUAAGAACCACGUAUGAACAUAAGAUUCCUAUAUGCCUGUCCUGUGGUGCAAUGGAUUAAACUCUUGUGGCAGGACUGCUGACUAGAAGUUUGGGUUGAUGUCCUGAAGGUUGUUUGUUCAAAUCUGUCGAGAGCAUGGAUGAGCUCCUUCUGUCAGCUCCAGCUCCCUAUGCGGGGACAUGAGAGAAGCAUCCCACAAGGAUGUUAAAACAUCUGGGCAUCCCCUGGGCAACGCCCUUGCAGAUGGCCAAUUCUCUCACACCAGAAGCAACUUGCUGUUUCUCAAGUCGCUCUCGACACACACAAAAAAUCCUGUCAUUACUGAUAGUAUCUUGAUUUUCCUCAAAAUAAUUUUUCUUUCUGGAUUUUUUUAAAGUUGUGUUUUUAUAGUACCAUUUACUAAGAACAUGGGGCAGUGGAAAUGUCUUGAAAAUAUUUUGUUAAACAUCACAUUCUAUCCCCCCAUGCCCCCUUUUUUGUAUUUAAUUAGAGCUCUUUUAUUUGCCCCAGUGCUUUUUCUCCUGCCUAAGCUAUUGUGGAGCCUAAUGCUUUGCACUUUCCUAGACCUCUCUGCACAUCUUAGAAUACAUCAGUACUUUUUCAAAAAGUAAUUUGAUUCUCCCCCACAAAGCGGGUUCUUCCUAUCAAUCCCCCCAUCUUGUGGCAUGACAUUUUCUUCAUGACAGUCUGUCUCUGAACUGCACUUGCUGCUGCGGUGGUUAAAAGGCUUACAAAGAGAGUCUAACAGCCAGUGGCCAAUCGAGAUUGUGCAAGCCACAUCUGCUAUGGAUGAAACACGCACGAGGGAGAAUAAGGACUUGGAGGAAGACUGGAUAAAAGGGCUGCGGCGGGAACCUAGCUGGCAGUGUGCUGCUCUGGUUGGUGAAGACCAGCCUCUUUGCCCAGAUCUUCCAGAACUUGACCUGUCAGAGUUAGACGUGAACGACUUGGAUGCUGACAGUUUUUUGGGUGGACUCAAAUGGUACAGUGACCAAUCAGAAAUAAUUUCCAAUCAGUACGCCAAUGAAUCAUCAAACAUCUUCGAGAAGAUAGAUGAAGAGAAUGAAGCAAACUUGCUAGCAGUUCUCACAGAGACAUUGGACAGUAUCCCUGUGGAUGAAGAUGGAUUGCCUUCAUUUGAUGCACUGACAGAUGGAGAUGUGACCAACGAAAAUGAUGCUAGUCCUUCACCAAUGCCUGACGGCACCCCUCCAGCACAGGAGGCAGAAGAGCCGUCUCUACUUAAGAAGCUCUUGUUGGCACCAGCUAACAUCCAGCUAAAUUACAAUGAAUGCAGUGGCCUCAGCACGCACAACCAUGCAAAUGCCAAUCAUAGGAUCAGAACAAGCCCUGUGGUGGUUAAGACUGAGAAUUCAUGGAGCAAUAAGACAAAGAGCAUUUGUCAACCACAAAAACCACAAAGACGUCAAUGCUCAGAGCUUCUCAAGUAUCUGACCACCAACGAUGACCCUCCACAGACCAAACCAACAGAGAACAGGAACAGCAGCAGAGACAAAUGCACCUCUAAAAAGAAGGUGCUCUUGCACUCUCAGAUGCAUCAUUUGCAAGCCAAACCAAUGAGUUUAUCGCUUCCUUUGACGCCCGAGUCACCAAAUGAUCCCAAGGGUUCCCCAUUUGAGAACAAGACUAUUGAACAAACUUUAAGUGUGGAACUCUCUGGAACUGCAGGCCUAACACCGCCUACAACCCCUCCUCACAAAGCGAACCAAGACAACCCUUUUAGGACUUCACCAAAGCCAAAGUCGUCAUGCAAGACUGUUAUGCCACCUUCCAAAAAACCCCGCUGCAAUGAGUCUUCCAGCUCUCAAGGACAUAAUUUAGGUCGGAAGGGUCCAGAGCAGUCAGAGCUGUAUGCACAGCUUAGUAAGACGACCGUGCUGUCUGUUAGUCACGAGGAGAGGAAGACAAAGCGGCCUGGUUUGCGGCUGUUUGGUGACCAUGACUACUGUCAAUCUGCUAAUUCAAAAACAGGAAUACGCAUCAACCGAUCCCAGGAACCUCAGGAUUCCAGACAAGUAGAUUUAAAUGGCGGGUUGCCUGAGCAGUGGUGUCAUAUUUGUUCUUCUUUUGAACAAUACAAUCAAUAUGACAAGAGAGAGACUUCACAGGCAAGCAAGCAGGAUUUGCAAUUCAACAACCGCAAACUGCUCCAAGACCAAGAAAUCCGGGCUGAACUCAACAAGCACUUUGGUCACCUUAGCCAAGCUGUUUUUGAGGAAGAGACCACCAAGAUCAGUGAACUGAGGGACAACAGUAAUUUUAGUGAUGAACAAUUCUCCAAACUACCUAUGUUUAUAAAUUCUGGACUAACAAUGGAUGGUCUUUUUGAUGAUAGCGAAGAUGAAAAUGACAAACUAUGUUGCUCGUGGGAUGGAACACAGGCCUACUCACUGUUUGACCUGUCACCAUCUUGCUCAUCCUUUAAUUCUCCAUGCGGAGAUUCAGUGUCUCCACCUAAAUCCCUUCUUUCUCAAAGAUUCCAAAGGAUACGCUCUCGAUCACGGUCCUUCCCUCAGCACAGGUCUUGUUCCCAUUCUCCAUAUUCCCGAUCAAGAUCAAGGUCACCAUGCAGUAGAUUCUCCUCAAGAUCUUGUUACUAUUAUGAGUCCAGUCAUUGUAGACCGCAGGCAUAUAGAAGUUCUCCCUUGUAUUCAAGAUCACGAUCCAGAUCACCAUAUAGCCAUAGACCCAGAUAUGACAGCUAUGAGGAAUAUCAGCAUGAAAGGCUGAAGAGGGAAGAAUACCGCAAAGAAUAUGAAAAACGGGAAUCUGAAAGGGCCAAACAAAGAGAGCGACAGAGGCAGAAAGCAAUUGAAGAACAGCGUGUAAUUUAUGUUGGCAAAAUUGGGCCUGACACAACCCGAGCAGAACUAAGGGACCGGUUUGAAGUUUUUGGUGAAAUUGAGGAGUGCUCUGUGAAUCUACAGGACAAUGGAGAUAACUAUGGUUUCAUCACCUACCGCUACACUUGUGAUGCUUUUGCUGCUCUGGAAAAUGGAUACACUCUGCGCAGAACCAAUGAGCCUGACUUUGAGCUGUAUUUUUGUGGACAAAAGCAAUUUUGCAAGUCUAACUAUGCAGACCUAGAUUCAAAUUUAGACGAUUUUGAUCCUGCUUCUACUAAGAGCAAGUAUGACUCCAUGGAUUUCGACAGUUUACUUAAAGAGGCACAGCGAAGCUUGCGGAGGUAAUAUGCAUCAUGGCCAAGGAUAACAGAGGGAUGGUGAAUACCUCAUGGACGUCAUGUCCUUCAAUAAUAGACAGUGAAGAAGUCAUGCUUACAAAUUUCUCCUACUCUACACUCUCCGUAUAAAAACAUGGUUUACAUGGACACAGCUGCUUGAGAAAUGAAGAGGCAAAAUGGAACUGGUGUAAACACGUGUGUGCCUCUGGGUUUGAGCUCUACUUUCCCAGGGUGAUGAGGAUGUGGGAUUUGAUCUUUGUAGAGAGUAUCAAGUGGGAGCUGCAUGAAAUGGCAGCAGUUCCAUAGAGAUACAUUAAAACACUGAGAACUUAAACAUAAAGUGUACAUAUGACAUUUUCAAAAUAAGGCAAAUUCAGACUUUAGCUGCUGACAUCUGAGACAUCCUGUGGAAUUUUUUUUGGAGGGGAAUAAGUUUCUUUCUUUGCUUUUUUUAAACAAACUCCUUCUCACACAAUGUUGUUUUAAUAUGAUGACAAUCCUGAAGAGAACUACAAAUCCUGCAACACCCACCAUCUCUUUUUCCAUGAAGGCAAGAAAAAAAAAUGGAAGGAUUCGAAACUUCCUUAAUAUUUAAAAGUUUUGUCUUUCUAAUUGUGACAUCCAUGUCCGUGUCCGAAAAGUUUAUCCAACAUAGAAAAAUUAUAAGACCCUCAUUACAGUCAGCGUGUUCGGUGUUUUUUCUUCCCUUUGAUGAGCCAACGUGGUAUUACACUACACAAGAAGUGGAGGGUAACUGUGCUGGGUGGGGAGGGGUUGAUGUACAGUUAGAUUAUUUACUACAUUCAAGAAUGUAGACAAGUAUUUACAGAUGUUAAAUGGAGUAUUUUUAUUUUGUGUACAUACUGUAUGACAAGACAAUGCUCUUUUUUGUUACAGCUAUGCACUGUAAAUGCAGCGUUCUUUAAAAAAACUGCUGAAAUUUUUCUUAGUCAAAAAUAUUCAAAUGUAAUUAUAUGAGGCAGAACAAUAUUGUACACUAACCUAUUUAGAAAGCUGAACUUACGCUUAUAUAUAUUUGAUUGUAAAGAAAAGAGAAGUGUGUGCCUGUGUGUGCGUGUGUGUGUGAGCGUGUGUGUGGAGCGCAAACAAGUUGAUGCUUUACGCACAUCACCCACCCCUUUUUUAAUUAGCUAGCAACUUUACCCAGAAUUCAGCCAAAGUUAAGAAUAUAUCGCCCCCCUUUUUAAAAGUCAGAUCUGCUAGAUUUUUGCUUGUGUUCUUUAGAUCUCCUUGAAAUGUAUACAUUAGUGCUUUUUGAUCUGUUAGGUCUCACAGUAAACCAAUUAGCAGGAAUGCCAGUACUUCAAGAAUACUGGUCAAACAUGGUCAAAGCAGACUACCUUUGAACCAAGAUAAUAUAUAUAGCCCACUUCGUGGGGAAUAUAACAUCAGUACAGUCAUCCAGAGUAUGCUAUGUAUACCUUUCCCAUAAAUUCUUGUAUACAAUAUUGAAGUCCUGUAAAUUUCAGUUGGAUGUCCUAAAUAGCUCAUAUAAUCUGAAAUUUCUAGUCUUACUUGCUGAAAAGUUGACGGAGGUGUUGGAAGAUUCUGUCAAGCACAUAAGGCCUCCUGCCUAUUUAUAAGCAAAGUUUACUUAAACUUGGAUACAGUUUGCUAAUGCGAGAUUAUCCUUACAGACAGAUUAUCGUAAGAUUAUCAUAGAUUUCUAGGAACACUAGUGACCUGGCUAGAGAAGGUGAAAUCAUUGGUCAACGGAGAGAGUGUGUGGAAAACCACUUCUAGCAAUUUACAGGAUCAAUCGCAAAAUAGUUAGAAAAGAUGGUUUUGCUGAUGAAAUGCAUGUUCACGUGAUGCCCUGAUCUUUGUGACCAGAUACUAUGAAUGUUACAAGGGUAGCAUAGGAGCCAUCAGACAGCAGCAGCCCUGCAUUUCAGAGUAAUACAUAAAUGAGGGGAGAAGAGCUAAACUCCAUAUUCUUCAAAAGACAUACAGCUAGUAAUUUCAUUUGCUAGUAAAAAACUGCAAAAUGGCAAAUGGGGGUAAAACAUGUCCCAGAAAAGAAGUGAGCAAUAUAGACAGUGAAGGACUCACAUUCCCAGGUCUUUGUCUGCACUAGGUACUAUUAAUUUCAUAGGAAAAGCUAAAGCAUGUACCUAAAUCCCUCAUUUGAAAUUUGGUGGAGUUUAAGACCACAAAGCUGUGCAAACUAACUCUGAUAUAACUCCCAUUUAACUCAACGUGGCUUACUUUUGAAGUAAAUAUAUACAGAAACUACAUUAUGAAAAUGCUUAACUUUGGCUGGAUCUCUUUGUCAAAACUUUAGUGACCUAGGCAUUAACUUUCUUUUAAAUAUUUUUCCCACGCUUUUCUUUUUUGCAUCUCUUUCUUUAGUGGUUUUAUAUGCACAAUGUUUGUUAAAGGGGAGGGGAGAGCAUUUUCUCAUUUAAACGUUUUUCUAGCAAUAUCAUAAUUUUAUGUACAGCUUCUUAAGUGGGUAAACAUUAAGAAGUGUUUUUAUUUUAUGUACUUGAUAGUUUUCAAUCUAGAAGUCACAAACCUUUUUAAAAAUGACACUUUGUUUUAAUUAUUGUGACUUUAAUUUGAUAAAGAAAAAUUGCUGUUGUACAGAGCACAGUUAUAGUUUUUACAAUAAUUCUGUGUGUCUGGACGCUAUUCUUGAAGCCAGUAAUCUUUUCAUUGGCAGAGUUCAAUGAUUAUCUAUGAUUUUUUUAAAAAUGAACACUAAUUCUUCAUUCCUUUAUUUACUUAAAGAUGCAUAUUUAUCGGUUGUGAUUAACCUAUUUAUUAUAAAUUAUGAGGUGACUAAAAUAAUUAAAGGCCAGUGGAAAUUUUAUACUUAGGAUGCACACCGGUUGUCAGGCUGCUACAUGUAUUUUAAUUUGGGGGAAAAUAGCCUUUCCCUCCCUAGAAGCAGUAACUCUUUCCUCCCUCUUCUUAUUAUUUAACUAUGCACUAUUAUGGCCUUAGAGGUGCCCAUGACAUCAUGGGAGCCUUCAGAUUGUAUCAGAAAUCAUAGGAUCCCUUUGAAAGUGUAAGGACUGGCACAGGGUAAGCCAUUCAUAUGGAUUAACCCAUGUCAGCCAUAUGACCGAUGUCUUGUCCAUUACCACCAUUCCUGUCCCUUACUCUGUUGGAGCUCAGUUCAGGUGCCCAUUGAAAGAUUGUUGCUUCUGUUAAGCUUCCCCAUAAGGGCAUUUGCUCCUUGUUUACAGAGUCAUGAGCAAUUCCCCAGAGCGCUUAUAGCUUUAAGAAUGUAUACCAAUCCUCCCAGCCUGCCAAAACCAAAUUACUUGUUGAGUGUCAAAGCACGCAUGAGAAAAUGUGCAUCAAGGAUCCCACAUAGGUUCAGUGGAGCCCUCUUCUGCCCGUGCUUGCCCAUAAACUGGAAUAAGAGCCUGCCCAGAGCCCCAUCAGGACCCCUCAUUUGUCUCAUGGAUGAGGGACUACACCAAGUGAAGACAAAGUAUUCAGUGGAUAUAUGGUCUUCCCAUUCAUCUGAAUGGUUUCUUUUGCUUUUUCUGCACUUGCAUGUAGGUAGGCAAAGUGGGGAACAGGGUUUCCUUGAGCUUUACUGGAGGUCCUCUGCAUAUGGGUGCUGCACCCAGAGUGUACUUCAUCAUGUCCAAUGCAAAGUGUGGUGUCAGUAUUGAUCAUGAGAAAAAAAUCGCCAGUCCAGUGUACAAGUUGUUAGUUGUAGAUGGUGCAUAAUUGUGGGUCUUUUGUACAAAAUGUUUCAUACUCUUGUGUAUGAAAAGGAGGAGGAACCCAAACUCCACUCCUGCUUACGUGCUCACUGAAGUGGAAUGCGACUUAUUGGAGCAGCACAUUUCUUUUUGAACUUGGCAAUACAUACCUGAGUGCAAAACUAAAUUAAUAUAUUUUGUACUAAACUGGCCCAUCAUUAAAAAUUCAUGGAUGUGGAAGCAGGGUUAUUGUUUUCCAGUUCUGCCCACUUUAAGUGUGCAGAUAGCAUGCUGAAGCCAUUUCAUUGAAUAUGAACUGGAACCAUGUGGGUGGGACCUAUGAAUGGGUGUUUCCCUUUCAGUUGCCACUCAAGUAGGAAAAGAAUGUAAGAGAAACACAGCAAUAUUUUAUCAAAAUCCAUCUAUUUUUUCCUUCCAAUGCUUGCAUUUGUUUUAUGUCCCUAGCAUCAGGAUAGAGAAAGGGUGAGCACUCAGACAAAAACUUGCAGUGUGACUGUCAAGCUCAAAGGUAUAGCUCCAUUCUGAGUCAGAUCAAGAGUUUGAAAAGUUACUUGUACAAAGUAAUUAUGAAAAAGUAAUAGUUCUAAGCCCAUGAAAAAGAGUGACUUCCGCUUAUUGAUCCAGUUCUUAAAAAGUAACUCUUUGUUGCUUUUUAGAAGUAACUUGCACAAUUGUUUUUACUUUUAAAACAUGGUCCAAAUGCUAUAAGCUGCUGUUCUUGUCCCAUCCACCUUGUAACCUCUCAACUACCCUCAAGAGGCUAAGAAAUAGUUGCACAAGGCACGGGAGAAGUCAGCGCCUCAACCAUGUGACAUUCCUCCAGCAUUUAGAAAGCCAUACUCCUAUAACUGUAAAAGUUCAGGAAGACACAGUUAUAUCACAAAGGGAGUGGAAUUUUCCCUUGUUGAGGGUGCCUUCAUAAUAUAACCAUGGCAGCUCCAUUGUUUUCCUUGCCAUUUGCCCUUCAAAAGCCAGAUUGCCUGGGAGAAAGCUAAUAGGCAGCAGAGGACAGAACAAAUUCUUUACUUUCAAAUAAUGCUCUUUACAUCACUUCCCAGUAGUGAUCCUGAGGUAUAACUAUGAGUUGGAAUUUGAAUUUGCAGUUUACAAGAUACUUUGCAGGGCUUUCCAUUCCCCAAAGUAAGAUGCUUUUCUCUUGCAGUGGGGAACUGAGAAAAUGGAAAAGCUCUUGUAAAUGGGAAGCUAUAUCAUCUAGGCUAUAUUACCAGAUAUACUCAUGUAUAAGUAGACCUCAUGUAUAAGUUGAGAGCAGGUUUUGGGGCCAAAGUUAUGGAUUUGUAUAGGACCCGUGAAUAAGUUAGGGGUCAUUUAGCAGCGAGGGAAAAGCAUCAGGGAGACCAACCAUCCCUGCCAUUUCUCCACCCAGGAAUUUUAAAAGGAAAGAAGCAGCACCAAGAUGGAAAGAGUAGAAGAGAAUAAAUGCUUCUUUUAGGUUGUCCUGGGAUGGACUAAGCUCUUGCAUUCUGCCACUCUACUCAUAAAAGGAGACGGUUCCUUUCUUAGAUAACAGUUAAGGUACAGUACUCACAUUGACCCACAUAUAAGUCAAUCCUGUUCUUUGGGGUUUUUUUUUACUAUAAUUUCUAGACUUAUACAUGGGUAUACAGGGGGUUGAAGAGUGUUGGAUAGAAUCCCAGUCAGUGGACAUGCUGGCUAGGAGUUACACUCUCUAGAAAACAUUUUUUCCAAGAUUCAGAGGUACUCUAACUUUGCAUGUGGACAUAUUGUCAGUUAUGUACUGAGCCCAGCAAACCUUAACAGGGCCACAAAAUGGGAAGGAAAUAGUGAAGGGUUCACCUAUGUGGUUCCUUCAGUUCCCACACUGAUUCAGACCUGAGUUGUUACUCAUAUUCAAUGGGGUAGUAUAAGUGGAGUGCACUUAUUGGUGUUUGGCAUUCAUUACUUUGUUUAAAAGAUACAUCAUACCUACCUAUUUAAUUCCCUCGUCCCAAUGUGUAGGAAAACCAAUUCCGUCCCAUGAUCUGUGUGGCUGGGUCUGACAGCUGCUCUCAUUUUAUCACCAGCAUAUUGUGUUCCAAUAGACUCCACUGUGUCCUUUCCUGCGCUCGCUCUUUUUGUCUUUGUAUUCCUGAGUAGGUAGAUAGCAAUAAAAAGAGAACUUUUUCAAAAGUUCUGUUUUGCAUACUGUAGCACCCUUUCAAUCUGAGUAAUUCUUGCCAUUCAUUGCUUUGUAGAUUGAAGAUACAGGUAUUUUAACUUUUGAUCGUGUGAAUGCCAAACUAAACGUUUACAGCUUUUUCUUUCUGGAUUUUGAGUGUCUUCUACUGUAAAGAAAAGAAAUUAAAGCAAUAAAUUAUUUUUUAAGAAAUCAA